AUGUACGUAACUUUUUUUGAUUGUACAAAAUUUUCAUACGCCAGCAAACUGUUACUUGUUUGUUAUAUGCGUUAUUGUACAUUCGAUACAAUAGAUGAGAAAAUAUAAAUAUACAUCGAGACAAUAAAUAUAUAUGAAAAGAAAUAAACAAUGAAAUCGAUCAAGUAUUGGUGUGAUUUACUAAAUAUUUCAAUUGCGAUCGUAUCGUUCGAUCAAUCUUUUGCAGAUCAAUGUGAAACAAAACGAGAUGAACGAACGGAGUAUAAACUCUUAUGUUAGAGGAAGUGAUCUAUCCACUUUAUUAGAACGUAGAUACUCAAAAAUUUUUCAUUCGAUUCCUUCCGACGUUCGGGAAUCGAAAUGGCAUGGGUUCGUAGAAGAGCAAUUAGUAGAUCAUGUGAUUGCUCACAUCCAAGAGGAUAUCAUUACUGCGGUAAUCGAAACUGUGACCGAGAAGCAGCUCUAUGAAAAGAAGUUAUUUGAAUUUACCAGCGAAUGUGUUCGAGAGGCUUGGCUGCGCGUGCUCAACUGGGUGUCACCAAAAUUAGAUCCUUAUUGGAGAUGUGAUACGAGUGGAAGGGCGACGCAUCUGAUUAUUGAUGCUGAACCUCAACCACCGCCGAUAGAUCUUUGGAUGUUUGGAAAUGUAGAACAAACUUUUCUUGAGAAACCACCUCCUUUGCAAACGUUUGUUUCUACAUUAAAGUCGGCGAUUGCCGAUAAAUCGCCGCUCGCUGAUCAUAACGGAAAAAUAGUGGAACAGCAACAAGUGGAUCCAAAAGAUUCCGUGAGAGAAAAAAUAGAGCAAAAGAGUAGGAAGAAAAAAACACCGUCGACAGUAAUUUGCGAAUUAAGCACAUCAACUGAAAUGAAUAAUCAAAGAAAAAAAGGGAGUCACUACGUAGGAACAAAUGUUUGUGUCUCAUCGAUACCUGAAAAACAUAUCCCUGGAGAUAUACCGAUAAAGACUCAAGAUAAAUUCAGUCAUGUCGAAGAAGAAAAAAUUGAUCGUGUUUCGAAACCUAAAAAACAAAUUGUCGCUAGUCCAGAUGUUAAAAAAAAAGACGUAAUAAAUAUUCAUCGUCGACGAUCAACGACAGAUAUAAUAAGGAAAAAUGAAAUAAAAAUUUCAGCGCAGAAAGAAUCAAUAUUACAGUACCAGCCAUCAGCCGAUAGGGUUGAUAUUUCGUAUACAGUUUUGCCAGAACAAAUACGUAAUCAACGUCGCAGCUUGAAUAUUUUAAAUUUGAAACGAAAAAAGUAAUUUUAUAUAAAUAGUUCAUACAUAGAUUAGCUACUUGCUCAUAAACAGCCUAUUUGUAAAUUAAAGUUUUCGAAUUCUUGCAAUAAAUUUUGAAACCCA